AUGUCUACGAAUGGAUAUAAUCCGGUCCCAAUAACAGGUACCGAUGAAUCGCAAGAGGAUGCUGUCAUACCGUCCCCCAUGGAACUGAUGAUAAUUGAGGAAGUAGACGAGGACGAAGAGACAAAAACCAUAAGGACAAGGAUACGAGACAUCAAUACAAGCAUUACUGAAAAUAUUUUGACGCCGAUGAAGGUCCAUGUAUUGGACCCCAUGAAUGAAAUCCAACAAAUGGUCUCGAUGAAAUUUGAUUCCUAUCUUAGUAAAGUGGGGAAUGUACCAAUAAUAAGGCGAUUUCUAUACAUCUUCUUUAUCUGCAUCGUGGUUUGGAUUUUGCAUUUGUAUAAGACACAAGACGGUGGUUUUAGUGAUCAUGAUCUACUAUUGAAUUAUGUAAAGGAGAGCAUUGAUCUGAAUAGCUUUGAAACGAAAUGGGAAUACAUUUCUAGUAUGCCAUGCCUUUCUGGAACGAAAGGUGACGUUAUUAUAUCCAAAUACAUUAAAAAAUCAUUAGAGGCAAUGAAUAUGGAUGAAGUCGAAAUGUUGGAAUACAAAGGGUAUAUGAACUUUCCUGAAGAGGAAAAGAAUGUUUUACAUGUAUUCAAUAAUCAAGAUCCAGUACUUGAUAUAGAAUUAAGUAAGGAAAACUUCAAUCCCCUGGCAUGGAAUGGUGAAAUUGAAAAGACGACUUUAAUAUUUGGUAAUAGGGGUUCUAGAGAUGAUUUCAAGCGAUUAUUAGAACAUGGAAUAAUAAGGUCUGGUAGACAUAACUACGUUUUGAUAGUGUUUUACAGUGAUUUAAUUCAUGAACAGAUACUAUUAUCAGAACUGGUUACUAUUAAGGGUAUCAUUUUCAUUUCUGAUAAAUAUAAGGAUGACGUUAUCCAAAUGAAAUCUGUAGGAUUACCACAAUACUCAAUGGGUAACGUAUUAAAAGCCGACUGGCAUGGAUAUAAAGCACUUAAAUCAGCUCAUGACGAGCCAAGAUCUACGCCGAGAAUUCCUACCAUCCCACUAUCAUAUAAUCAAGGGCAUAAGUUAUUGAAGUUAAUUUCUAAAGAUGGUGUUAAUUUUGGUGAUGGGCUAUUUAGCGGGUUAGGUAAAGGAAUAUCAGUUUCUUUUAAUGUUAAUUCUACAGUAAAGGAGAAACAGCCAACUUAUAACGUCCUUGGUAAAAUAAGAGGUCGGGAGCAAACUACCAAAUCCAUUAUUAUCACCGCUUCUAAAAAUUCGGUAAAUUUUGGAGCCCUUUACCCUAGUUUUGGUACGACAACAUUGAUAGCACUGGCCGAAUUGUUUCAAAAGGUUAGAUAUAAGUUUAAUUGGGCACCAUUAAGAAAUAUUUAUUUUAUGACAGUGGGUGGCUCAGAAUUUAAUUCUAUCGGUGCUGCAACAUAUCUGGAAGAGAAUCUCCUACCAAUAAAAGAUGAAAUAUAUUCAAUAAUAGAUAUCAGUGAGCUAGGGUUCAUUUCUUCCAAAGAAACUUUCCAAAUAGAAACGCAUCCAUUGUUGCAUGAUUUUUUACAAGGCGUUGUUUCCAAAUCUUAUAACGCAUCAACUUCUCACGUUCAACAUUAUGGUGAUUGGACUCCAUUUAUGGCGAAUGGGAUUCCCGUCUCUAUCCUCUCCGUUCCUGACAUAAGAAAUAAAGUACUUCCAAUCGACACAGAUGCUGAUUCAUUUAAUGAAGCAUCCGAUAUACUGAAGGAUCUGGGGAAACAAAAUGACCUGUCUAAUUUAUUAGUGACUUUAUUUGAAAUAAUUUUGAAAUUGGUUGAUGAACCAAAUAUUCCUUUUAAUGUGGUUCAGUAUGUAAAGAUUAUGGAUAAACUAUUACAAGAUAUAGAACAGGAUCACUCGAAAGAAUUGAAUUUCAACGAAAUAAUUAAGGCAAUGUUGAAAUGGAAAUCUAUUGGUAGCGAAUGGAACCAGUUCAUUCAUAACUGGAAUUCAUCUGUUUCCAAAAAUGAAUCUGCAUACGGAAAAGAAUCGCUUCGUGUAUCAAAGGAAAGAUGGAAUUGGAACAAUAAAUUAAGUAAUAUUGGGAGAAGAACAGUUUCAGAAUAUGGACUUCUAGACAGGAAGUACUAUAAGAACGGGAUCUUUGGACCUACACUUUGGAAGAUGGAUUACGGGGUAGAUUCUUGGAGUUUUCCCGGUGUAAGGGAUGCCAUAAUGACCACCGAUUGGAGUAAAGCACAGUGGGAGUUAGAUGAAGUUGCUGCGGCCUUAAAUUUUGCUUCAGAUAUGUUUAAAUGA